AAAUCCUUCGUCCUUGAAAUACGUAAUGCUAAGGAAGUGGAUGUGCUGAAGCAGCGGUGUAUGGGCCCUAGCGUCACCUGUCUCUACAGCAAUCAGACAAUAAAAAGGAUAUUAUUAUUACAGAGACAUAUUGCAUGUAGAUAAAACCUGCGGUCUGACAAUGGGAGCGAAUAACAGUACCCGCCGCGUGUCCUUUGAGUCAGACGAGAACGAGAACAUCACGGUGGUGAAGGGCAUACGGCUAUCCGAGAAUGUCAUCAACCGAAUGAAGGAACCUGUAGCUCCUCCCAAACUCCACCAGGCUCCCACUCCACCACCUUCCACGGCGCCUAUCUUCACUCCCUCUCCUCUCCUGCAUCCAGUGCCUCCUCCAUUUGACCCAAUCACCUCUCUGCCUCCUCCUCCCCCUCCUUCCUUUGUAGAACCUAUUGCACCUCCAGCUCCUCCUCCUCCACCACCAGCUCCACCAGCCACAGAGACAGUUGCAGCACCAGCACCACUACCACCGCCACCACCUCCUGUUUCUCAACCUCCUAUUGAACAGGUAGCAGCACCCACCAUUAUUGACAUGGUGUUCCCAGCUUCAGCACCCCCUGCUGCUGCUGCUGCUGCUGAUACUGUUGCUGCUCCUGCUUUGGAGCCUGUGGUAGCACCUCCUUGUCUUGCUCCUGCUGCUGUUGAGCCGGUAAUUUUGCCUGUAUCUGCUCCCCCUCCCUGCCAUGCUCCCACUGUGGUGGAAGAAAUUGCUCUGCUUGCUCCUCCUCCUCCCCUUGUAAUUGAGCCACCUCCUCCCAUAAUUCAGUCCAUUGCUCCUCCUCCUCCUGUAAUUGAACCCAUUGCUCCUCCUCCUCCUCCUCCUGUAAUUGAACCCAUUGCUCCUCUACAGGUUAUUGAAACCAUUGCUUCUUCAUUUGAAGCCGAACCCAUGCCAGCUCCUCCUCCUCCUGUGCAUUUUGAACCAAUCCUUGCUGCCUCUUUCCCUGAAUCAGAGUCUCUGUCCUCCCCUCCUGUUUUUGAGCCUGCCACCUUCCUGCCACCAUUAGGUGACACUUUGCCCCCGCAGCCUGCUGAGCCAUUCGCUUCCCCUCCCCUGCCUGAGUUUAUUGCUCCUUGUGAACCAGUUGCACCUCCUCCUCAGCCCCCAGUGGAACCAGUAACUCUUACUCCUAUCCCCGAGCCAGUGGUGGUGCCUGAGCCGAGUUCACCACCACCUCCUCCACCACCUCCUCCUGCACCAGCUGUUGAUGAAGAGGCCCUGAGGAAGAAGAUCACUGCAGAGCUGUACAAAGGAUUGGAGCAGGACAGGGCCAAGGCAGAGCAGGAGCUGCAAGCCUGGCUGGAGUCGGAGAAGGCCCGGUCAGCCGCCCAGGUUCAGGCUGAAGCUCAGUCUCAGGUCCAAGACGAAGUGAGCAGGAUUCUGUCUGUGGAGCGAGCCGUGGCCAAUGAGAGCCUUCAGCAGGCCGUGCUACGAGAGAGGAUCACCACUGAAGACGAGCAGCUGCGCGCUCAACUCUUUGCCAAGCAGCUGGAAGCCAGAGAAGCAGACCUAAAGAAGCAGGAUGUCUUCUACAGAGAGCAGGUGGCCCGGCUGGAGGAGAGGAGUGCUCAGUUCUACAAGGUCACCACGGAGAACUACCACAAAGCUGCCGACCAAGUGAAUGCGAAGUUCAAGCGCUAUGAGAUGUUCCCAGUGUGCUCAGACCUGCAGGGCCAGAUCUUGGCGUGCUAUAGAGACAACGCCGGAAAAACCCUCAACUGCUCCAACAUAGCAGCUCUUUAUCUGAAGUGUGUCAACAACGCCAAACAGAACAAGUUGAGGACCGGUGGUUAAAGAAGAGGAGAGAGGGAAGAAAACGGAGUAAUGAAGAGUUUAUGGUGUGGGAUUACUUAUUAUCGACCGACUGACAGACAGACAAACAGGACAGAACAGAACAGAACAAACCGGAGUGGAGGAAGUGAGGAGUGAGUCAGCACUGAGACACAAACCCUCAAAAACCCCUGUGGAGCACCGAACCAGACUAGAGGCACCGAACACACCACCCCGAGAGAGACUUAGACACCCUUGAUUCUUGUUUUCCUCCUCUUCUCCUUUUACCUUUUGUCUAUCUCUCUUGUGAGUACGUAGGGAGGCAGUGUCAGCCAUUUCAGACAGACAGCACAGAACGACGGAACACAGCAGGCCCGAUACAGCCCGCUAAAAGGACCUAAGCAUGAACCGGAUCAACCGCAAGAAAGCAAGACACCUCUGUCACUUUUCUCCAGCAGCGUUAGCAAAACGGAAGUCUAUUUUUUCUAAUAAAGUCAGUCCUAUUUUGUUAUCCAUUAAUCAUUCAUCUUCUGUCCCUUAUGCACUAUCACGUACACUUAAACACAUGUUAGCAUCUGUUUCUUCUUUGCAUCUGUUCGUGUGACUAAGCGUUAUGUUAAUAAUGUAACAACCUGCGUGUUCAUCCAGACCAACACUUGUGACAACGUGUGAUCAGAGGAAAUAAAAGACGAACAAUGCAGGA